AUGUUGUAUCAAUCUACUGUCGUGGAUGAGUCUAAUGAAAAUACUACAACAUGCGUUGAUAAUUCAAUUAAUAUAACUCUGUCAAAAAAUAAUAUUGAUGAAGAAAAAGAAGAAAUUGAAAAUAUAGAAUUAAAACAAAGCAUUUCUAAAAAUUCUAAUUCAAAAUUUUCUUCUCCAUGUUUCUCAAAAUGCAUACCAAAUGAAAAGUUAAUUGCCACAGAAGUUAUUAAUAGGUACAUCAGGAUGGGUUCAAUAUCGUCAAAUGAUUCCUCUUUAUCGGAAGAUCAAAAUAAAUCUACAUUUGGAGAUGAAACUGUUAGCUUUACAGAUGCCCAAGAAAUAGAGUCAAUUCAAGAGAACUAUGUCUUUGAUGAAACUAGUACCUGUGAACACUUAUCUGUUUCAAGUGUGCUUGAGCAAAGCAACCAACAAAAUGUGUUAGAUGAUUCUAAUAAUGUAUGCACUUUAAUACAUUGUAGUCAAAAAGACGAUACAGAUUUAAGUAUUUGUAGUGACUCAGAACUUGGAGAUAUUACUGAAGAUUCAAUUGUUGCUGAUGAAUAUAGUGUUACACCUGGAAAACAGAGAUUAUUUGAUUUACGUGUCACUAAACAAUCACUUCGUCCUAAAGCUCUCGUAGCAUCUGCUCCAUUCAUGGAUAGAAUUGAAGAAACUGCAACUCCUGUUCUACCUAAAGUUCUUAAUUCUCCUUUAAUUUUAAAUGAAAUCAGUCCUAAACAUUCGGAAAUCAAAGAAGGUUUAAAUUGUUCAUCAAUUACUGAAAUAUGCCAUGGCACAUCAUCUACUGAAAAUCUCAAUCAAACUUCUCAUAAAAAUAUGUUUGAAACUGUUGGAGAAUUUUCAACAUCAAAUGAUUUCAAGAAUAUAGUCUCUUUAAAUACAAGUGUGGAUAGUAUGUUUGAUGAAACAAUGAACACAAAUAAACUUUCAACAAACAGCAAGAGUAUGAAUAUUAAAAAAUCAUUAAAUAAAACUGAUCAAAUACAAAAUACUUUAAAUGAUACGAUGCAAUUAUUUGAUACUGAUCAGUCAGUGAAUAUCAUGACCGAUAUUACAAUUCCAACUGAUGUUAAUGAUCAUCAAGAUAAAGAAUACUUAAUUUCUGCACAUUUGGAUACUAAAUCAGCAAAUACCAGUGUAGAAGAUAAAGUAAUAGUUGAAGCUAGGUACACUAAUGAAUUGUCAAAUCAACAACAAAAAUUAUCGGAUACAAUUAAAAAUAUUGAUAAUAGUUUAGAAGAAUUUAUAAAUCAAGAAAGGUUGUUGAAUUUUGGAGACGAUAAAAAAGAGAAACAAGUGGARYAUAAAACUCCGAAGACACUAAAAAUAUUGGAUUUUAGUAUCGUCCAACAAACUCCCACUUUUGACAAUCAACUAAAGAAACAAAAGGUAUUAAAUUUUAGUAUUGUUGAUCCAACACCAAUAUUAAAAAGCACCCAACAAAUACAUCAAAAUGAAAAUGUUAUCAACAAUGAGAGCUUAAUAAAUUUUAGUGCAGUUGAUCAAAUAUGGAAUUCAGAAGUAGUAGCAAAAGAUGAUAUUAAUUUUAAAGAUUUUCAAAACUCUACCCAUGAUUCUUCAACAAAAAAUGUAUCAUCAAUUUCAUCUCCUGAUUUUGAAUUAUUGGUUGAUGAAUCUAUUAAAACAAAUACAUCUAAUUUCAGUAACUCAUCUUUUGAUCAAACAAUUACUGAUUCAAAUUUAAACUUGUCUCCGUAUUCUUGUGCAAAUAAUAAAACAGAAUUAAUUAAUUCGGAACCAUUGAUUUUGAUCAACAAACAGAUUGUUGCCGAUGAGCCAUCUAACUGUUUAAAUCAAACAAUUGAACUAAAUAAGUCAAUACACGAAACUGUUAAUGAUGAACAUUGUGUGGCCGAAGCAUCUACUACUGCAGAAAAAUCAGAUUUUAAAAUGUUAUCAAAUACUACUUCUAACGUAAAAAUUGAUUUUGCUGAGUCUCAAAUGGAUUCAAACCAACAACAGCAUUUUAACUCAAAUGAACGUGCCAUUGUGGAUUUUAGCAUUAUUGACCAAGAAAUAUUGGAAAAUCUUGAGUUAAAAACCAAUACUGAUAUAACAUCUGAUAGAAAUGUUUCUAACCUAAUUGAAAUGACUUUUGUUUCUAAAUCUGAUGAACAAUCAACUGUUUUAUCUAAAAAUCCAAUAAUACCCAUAACUUUAGAUAAUAAAUCUGAAAAAUCUAUACAUGGUGGUUCUGAUGAAAUAAAUAGCACAACUUUACACUUGGAACAAUCUACUUUUUUGCAUAACAACACAGAAUUGUUAACUGAUAUACAAAUGAACGAUGAAUCGCUCCUUAUGGAAUCGCCAGAAAAAAGCUCAAUUAUCGAUUCUUUUCAUAGUAUUGAAUUGGAUAAUGUACAAGAAGAUAAUAAGAGAAAAAUAGAGACGACUCAAGAAUAUGAUAAUAACGAAAAAAAAAUGAAAGUAGAGACUGAAAUUCUGAAGACGCCAAUGUCAAUGCUCUAUAAAAUUAAAAAUAUGUUCAGGAGUAGUGAAAAACAGCCAUCAUGUAUAAAUAACACAAAAGAAAACAAUUUAAAAUCAGGGAGAUGCUAUCAGAAAUUAAACUUUAGCAAAUUUGAAGAAAAUGAUGAUUUUACUAAACCUUUAACUCUAAAAAAACCCGAAGUUUUAGUAAAAAGUAAAAUACCUUGCAAAGUCACUGACAGACCAUUAUUUAAAAAUGAUGAAUUUAAUAGUUCAUCACUAUCAUCUCUUAAUGAUAGUGUUAAACAAAAAAAAACCAUACCAAAAUUCUCAGGAGUUCCUGUAUUAUCUGAUGUAUCUAAUUCAUCAAACAGAAAGUGUGCAGAAAGUCGUAUACCUUCCAAAUUUCAGAAAUAAUGCCAUCACUAAAAUUUUUUAAUUAUUAUUUUAUUUUAGUUUUUUAUAAUGAGAAUUAGGUUAACUACAUUAAAGCUACAUUUAGGUAUACAUAUUAUUAAAAUCCCUUAGAAAAGAGUUAAAUUUUAUAAUUUU